AUGAUUCUGGACAAGAGAGCGCUCUUCCGCAGCCCCAGGACGCCCCGGCCCGGGCUCGCUCGCCCCAGGCCGAGCCCGGUCUGCCCGGCCCAGCCGCGGGCCAGGCAGAGGAAGGGGCGCACGCGCGGACGCAUAGAACGGGCCGGCGGGGGACGGGCGGGGGUGGGCGGUGCUGCACUAGCUUAUCCCAGCCCCGGCAGGUGCGGCGGCGCUAGACCUCGCCCGCCGUGCCCGGGCCUGACCUUCCUCCCCCGGCGCCCUCCUCCGCGGCGGCGACGGCGGCGGCGUCUCUCGGAGCGUGCCGGGGCUGUGUGGGCGCGUUCCGGGCUCCCGUCGCUAGCCGGCAGCAGCAUGUGGCGUUCGGCCGGGCCCGCGUUUCGAGGCUUGUCCUGCUGGGGCCGGCAGCCCCUCCGGACCGUCUCCGCUUCCCCGGGCGGCUCCCAGAAGGGCGUGACGUUAAGCGUGACACCCCCCGUGGGCCUGGCGGACGAGCCGCUGCACAUCCAGGUGCAGGGCUUGAGCCCCGGCGAGCCCGUGACCGUGCGGGCGCUGGCCGUCAGCUACUACGGCCGCCUCUUCCAGUCAUGCGCCCAUUACGAAGCCGACAGCGGCGGGGCGCUGGACCUGACCAGAGACCCCUCCCAGGGCGGCGACUACACGGGCGUGGAGCCCAUGGGGCUCAUGUGGAGCCUUUCCCCAGCCGGCAUGGAGAACCCCUACGUCCGCAUGGUGCAGCGCAGCGUGCUCAAGAAGCCCCUCAAGCUCCAGGUGACGGUCCACCAGGCGCACAACCAGACCGGGCUGCUGCUGGGCCAGGUGCUGGCCUCGGCCAGGGUGGAGCGCUGGUAUGCCACCCCCGAGAUCCGGGCCAUCAGGGUCCGCGAGGGCACGGUCAGAGGGUCCUUCUUCCUGCCCCCAGGGGAUGGUCCAUUUCCUGGUGUGAUUGACAUGUUUGGCGAUGAAGGGGGACUACAUGAAUUUCGGGCUAGCCUUCUUGCUUGUCGAGGCUUUGCUACCCUAGCUUUGCCAUAUUUUGCCUUUGAAGAUCUACCUCCCAUCAUGAAAGAUUUAAAUCUUGACUACUUUGCUCAGGCAGCUAAAUUUGUGCAGAAUCACCCAAAGGUCAAAGGUCCCAAAAUUGGAGUGAUUGGAUCUGGCAAAGGAGCAGAACUGGCCUUCUCAAUGGCCACGUUCCUCCCAGAUGUGGCUGCUGUGGUCAGUAUCAAUGGUUGCAUCUCCAACACAGGCACUGCUCUUCAGUGUGGCCAAGUAAUCCUGCCAGGGCUUCCCUUUGAUAUGGAUAAAAUCACUGUCACUUCCUCAGGAGUUUACGAUGUUAAAGAAGCCCUUGUAGACCCCUUGGAUCCUGCUUAUGGAGACAGCCUCAUUCCCAUAGAAAAAGCUAAUUCUCACUUCCUUUUUGUGGUUGGAGAGGAUGACAAACAAUGGAAUAGCUCUUUGUAUGCUGACUUGGCAAUUAAGCGUUUAGAGGAGCAUGGGAAAAAAAAUUACACUCUUCUGAGUUACCCUAAUGCAGGUCAUCGAAUUGAUCCACCCAAUAGCCCAUUUUUUCCAGUUGCCUUGGACCGGUGGCUGGGGGUCCCUAUUCUGGGUGGGGGUCAGUGCAGAGCCCAUGCUAUUGCUCAGGAGGAAUCUUGGAAGAAGAUCUUAGAGUUUCUGAAGAUGCAUCUAGGAUGAAGGCUAUAAAACCAUAAAGUUGGGUUGAAGUGAAUCCCCAAACAAUGCAACAAAUUGAUUUCAAAGGAAUUUAAAGGCCUGAAUCUGUAUUGCUUUGUAAAAUGAAAAUUGAGAUUUCAUUUCCAUCUAUGUUUUUUUUGGAGGAUAUAAAAUUACUAAGGAAAUAGUACUUUUUUGGUAGCAGUUCAAAGAAAUUGAUUCGAGGGUCAGAAGUAUUUCAAUUUUGUGUUUACCAGUAUCUGUCUUAAGCUAUCUAUUGAAUAAGGUUUUAAUUUGACUUAUCCAGGAGACGGUAGAAGCUUCACCUAUAAAGGGAGAGAUAAUUAUUAAAUGAAAGAGCAAAAAUAAUUUUCAUUGUGGCCCCUUUUGGCGUUAAAAAUCAAUUUGUAUACUUGGUGGCUUGUCUGCCUUCUAUUUUUCCAUGCUCUUUUUUUACUCAUAGUAAAGUAUUCUUCUUAUCUGUCACAGAAAUAUUUCUAAAAAUUUUUUGAUCAGGGUAUAUACUUGAAUGUGAUCUUAUUAUUGAAUAUACACCAUUGGAUUUUUGAUGAGGAACUUUAUUUGGUGAUGUAAAGAUCAACAUGAAACUGUAAGAUGGGCUGUACUGACCUUGGGUUUUGUGGAGGUCAACUUUUUUAAGGGGCAGCAAAGAUUUCACCAUGAAAAAAUUCUUAGGAAAUCUAAGUGUUUCUCCAGCAAACAGCAGUCAAAUGCUGAGAAUGGAUCUCGGUGUUUGUAGCAUCUUUUUCCUCCUAUUUCUGUCUUUAUACAUAUUUGAAGUUUCAGAAAUUUAUUAUCAUAUUGUCCUUCCAGAAUAAACAGUAGCAGUGCAGAAAUCGGACUUUUCUAAUGGGAGGUCAGAAUCCUUCCUCCUUUACCCCAGAGAUGUAAAAUUUAUUGGUGAAGGGGGGAUUCUCUUUCUCCUUUGAAUCAUCCUCUAGUGGGGUUUGAGCCUCCAGUUCUUCGACUGUGUGUGCUUUGGGUUGGAGGAUAUUCAGAGUUUUUGUUUUUGUUUUCAUUUAGGCUCUCUUCUCUGAUGUACGCACAUAUUUCUUGGGGGGGAGGGGAUGGGAGGAUUUGUGACUGAGUUUUUAUAUAUUGUUUGGCUAGUAGCCCUAUGGGUUCAGAACUACCCCUAGAACCCCAGGAUGAGUCAUUGUUGUAAUGCUUUUUAUAACACUACCUGUUUCUAAAGUAAAGCCACACUUUGAAAUGUUUGACAUUAAAAAAAGAAACCUCAGCAGAUUGAGUCCCUGUGGCCCUUUCUUGGGGCUAUUCAUGUAAGAAAUAGAAAAUUGGCAAGUUGGCUUUUUUGAAAUCUCUUUUCUAUAACAACAGUAAAGGAAAAUGUGCCUUUAAAAAACUAAGAGCCAUGAUCUGAGGUUGCCAUUUGAAGUUUGAUGUUCUGUUCAUUCUAGUUUAAUUUGAAUGAAUUUGACUGUUUAAGUUUCCUGAAAGGAGUGUUAGUUACACAGCCAGAUUUUUCAGUUGUGCUUUGAUGUGUGUUUUAAAUAAAGCAUGUCAAAUCAGUAUUUUGUCCAUAAUCAGGCCAUUAGACCUGAUAAUUACGUCUCUCCCCCCCUCUCAUCCAAACUAUGCACUUAUUUUAAAAAACAAAAGUAUUCUUGUAUUUAUUUAUAUUUACCAUUUUCUCACUGGUUGUAUCCAUUUUCGGUCAUAGGAUACUACUUUGUGCAUUCUUUUCAAAGUUUCUCCUAUAGAUGAAUUUUUUUCCUGAAUUUAUGGAAUCCUUUUAAAUGAUUUUGACUGUCUUAGCAUUGUAAAUCUUUGGCACACUCUAUUUACUGAUUUUCCUGUUUUUUUAAAGUUGUUUAUUUAGGUAGAAAAAGAGCUAUUUAACUUUAAAUUUCAUUUGUUAGAGUGUUUUAAAAAAUUAUACACAAGGAUACCCAGCUUCAUGCUGUGGAAUUAUUUGUUUAUUUAUAUUAAGGAUUUAAAGAACACAGCAUAGCUUUUUUUUCAUAAAUAUUCUUAAAUUUUGAAACCAGAAAUAUUGCUCUAAAAUGUGUGUACAGAAUAUUGUUAAAUUAAUUUUCAAAGACAAAUAAAUUUCUGAAGAACAUA